GAUGGCAGAGAACGAGACGUAAGCGCGCGCUUUAUAUCUCUGUGAGUUGUCUGCUAUAUUAGCCGUACUUAAUAACCUCUUUUGGUCAAAAACAAAGACUUCGCAAUAUUACGUGAAUAAUAGAAUAAAGUGAACGUGUUUUAUGUUCUCGAUCCAAAGUAAUUUAUAUUUUGUGAUUAAAUCAAAAUGAGUUAUAAGUGGAAUAUAAGUGACGAGAAGUGCAUAUUAGUGCAAUUCUCGAAUGAAAACAAUGAACUCGGGAUUGGUUUCCAAGAUUGGUUGCAAUGUAAAAAUGAUGAAAUAAAUGCAGAUACCAUACAAAGUUUAAUUGAUAAUGAAUCCGAAACUACAAUACUUUGGCCAAGGUGCGACGUAGGGCCUGCAAAUAUUACGAAAAAAAAACCAAAGACUGCGAGUGGAAUAAAGUUGUCGUUAAGAUACUUGCAUCUGGUCCAUGGACUGUCAUGUGUGAGAAUCAAAACUCACUGAUAAAGUAUGGUAUUAUCAAUCCUAUCAGACAGGAUCGACGAAAUUUAGCAAAAAAACAGCAUGACGAGGAUAGUGAUAAUAUAAAACAAGCAGCGACAAAAAAGACGUUAAGAUCUGCUCCAAAAAAUAAAAAAAAUCUAGUAAUGUUGAUAAGUCUGCUACAUUCUUCGCUGAAUAUAAAUCACAGCAGCCGAAGUAUGAUACUAUAGAAGAAUCAGAAGAAGAAUCAGAAGAAGAAUCAGUCGAUGACAGUUCAAAUGAUAAUUUCAACAUGUCAAAAAAAUCGAAAAAUGCACUGUUAGAGAAAAUCAGUGAUUUAACUUAUCAAAAUAAGAAGUUAAAAGAAGAAAAUGUUAAUUUACUCGCUGUGCAAAACGUAUCAAAAAUUGACUCAAUAAUUACAAGAGUUUUGAAAAAUGUAAAAACAGUGGAUGAUAUUACUUCAAAACUUGCAGAUAAUACAUUGGCUCAAAUGAGGGCAAACGUUGAUGAAAAGUCAAACGUGCGACACAAACAAAGUUCCAGUACCUUUUCAUUUGGAAUAAAGGAAAUUAAGAUUGAAUUACUAGAUAUUGCACAGGACGAAACAGAAACUAACUAUCAUAAUGCUGUUGAAUGUAACAAAGGAAACAUUCUUUCUGCUAGCGAAUCUAGAGAAUAUAAAAACGAAACAAAAUCCGUACUACAGCUAGAGAGUGACAAAGUUCAAUUGGCUGAAGGUGUUUUCAUCGAUAAGUAUGCGUUGAAAAAUAGCGAUCACAGCAGCGUAAAAAAAUUAACAAAUGACUUGUUAUUACAUGUCUUUGGUUCCGAAACAUUAGCUGCUAGCAGUGUUACUGGUAAACUACCAAAUUUAUAUUCUAAAUUACCUGAAGGUCAGAAGCCUAAGGUAAAACCGAUGUUAGAUCCUCAUAAACUGAAUGCUUGUAAAGAUUAUGUUUUGAAACGAUUUCCUAACGAAAAAAAUGCAGAAAAAGAAUUUUACAACGCAGCCAAACGCAAAUGCAACAAUGCAGUUCGUCGUGUAGUGAAAACUAUCCCAGCUCCCUAGAUUCUGCCAAAGAAUGUGUACUUUACGGAUGUUUUUUUUUAUGACUAUACCAAUAACCGUUACUUGCAGAUUUUAUAACAUUGUUAAAUUGAAGUUAUAAAGAGAUUAUUUUACAUAUUUUAGAAUCUAGAUUUUUGUAGAUGAGAUGGCAAAAACGUAAAAGAUUAUUUUGUUUUAAAAUAUAAAACAGUUGCAAAAAUGCAGUUCGUCGUGUGAAAACUAUCCCAGUUUUCUAGAUUUUGCCAAAGAAUAUGUACUUUACGGAUAUUUUUAUUUUAUAAAACUAUAUACCAAAAAUCGAUAUUUGCAGAUAUUAUAACAUUGUUAAAUUGAAAUUAUAAAAAGAUUAUUUUUUAUGUUAUAGAAUUUAGAUUUUUGUAGAUGAGGGCAAAAAAGUAAAAGAUUGUUUUGUUCUAAAAUGUAAAACAGUUCUAUGUUAUAAAAAUACAAUAUAAUAAAAGAAGAUAGAAUGUC